AUGUUUGCUGCUGACCUGACCUGGGCGGAACACGGGACGGAGAAAGUGGGAGAACGAAGAGAGCGGAAAGAACGGCAGCGAACGACUCCGGCGAGCUCUAUCAAGACAUCGAACAGUUCCAAAGGCUCCACGAAUCCGGAACGGGAGCUUUGGUGGACGUCAGGCCUGAGGAAGGCGAAGGGAAUGAAACCAAAACUGUCUGUGUUGCGGCCAAAGACCGGUCGCAGUUCCACUUCAGAAAACACAGAGCGUCGAACAAGUCGGCCACAGUCACUGGUGGAUUUUGGACAUGGAGAUCAAAUCAUCCAGCCGGGUUGGACAUGCCCAAGCACGCUUCCACCACCACAAUCUCGCGACGAGUCUCCGGAAUCAGAGGUACCAGAAUUGGAGGGCGAUGUAUCGUCACGAUAUACGGACUCGACUGAGCCCCAACAUUUAUAUGGUGCAAGAUCAGAGGUGAAGACACCUAUGACUGUUCGAAGUAUUGACGACUCGUAUCAAGGAUAUCACAUCAGCCCAGCAUCGGUGAUUCCAGAAAGAAGUCGACAAGAUUCAUCGGCUACCGAGCGGGACAGCUAUACCGAUGUAUCGCAUCCCAGGGUUAUCAGAUAUAGCAGAGGCAAACCGCAACAAGUGAGGAUAGAGGGUGCCAUGAGCGUAGAGGCUUUGAGUUUAGACGAUCCUACUGAAGAGAUCAAGCAUGAACAUUCGGUAAAUUCAAGCCCGGCCUCGAAGAACCCAUGUCGGCCAUUAUCACAGUGGGACUGCCUCUCCCCUCGUGGUGUCCCCAAUGGAUUGGUCAUGCGAUCAGAAUCAGUCGUAAAUCAGCCUGCCUCGACUCAGAGUAAUCCGCAUGAACCCAAUCAGUACCAACGCCUCAUUCGACGAAUGGAAAGCGCCAGCUCAAAGAUUGUCCUCGAUCGACUCAAAGAAGACUGGUCAACAAGUGGACAAAUCGACGACGAGUUGAUUCUCGAGAAGCAGCUAUGGCUCCUCACAGGGUUUCGAAUGCAAGGCUCUGGCAAGCAUCGGGUUGCUCCGAGACCGCAGUGCGACACAGGCAGGGUCCUGGAGCUAUACGGCAGCGUUUUACGCGAUUCCGGAACCGUGCCCUUACCAUACCCAGAGGAGUAUUUUUCUCAUAUAAGAGCGUCCACGUUACCUUCGCUUGUCCCUUCAGUGAAGUUACCGGAACUCUUCCGCGAAUGCUACAAGCUCCUUGCCCCGGGAGGUCUACUAGAGCUUCGUGUCAUGGAUGCUGCUCCAAUGCGCAACGUUGCCGGCCCGCUUAUGCGAAUGUGGAUCGAAGACAGAUUGUCAAUCAACCUGGAGAGACUCUUCCGCUGUUCGAAGCCCUGUAUGCUGGUUCCAGGUUGGCUAGCAGAUGCUGGAUUCGACGUGAGUGCCAUGGAAGGCGACCAGAGUAUCAAAUUGCCUUGCGCAUACGACUCAAACUCUUCUGAGAUUGAUCGCGAACUGUCGACGGUCGUUGGGCAAAGUUUGUGGAAAGACAUUUGGGGCACAUUCGUUGACGAUAUUCCAGAUGAGCACAAGUGGUUUUGGGAAGAUGAGGAAAUCGUUAAAGAGUGUCUGCAACGUCGGACUGUGUUUGAGUGCAAGACUAUCCUAGCGUAUCGGAGAUAA